AGGGGAAACUCGGCUCGGCACUCCAAAGUACACAGCCUCCGCGAUUGCAGUGGUGUGCUUUCUUACGGUCCCUGCCGCCGUCGUCGCCUGAUAUCCAUUCCUCGCCGCGGCCUCGCGCCCAGUGGUUAACAGUCGGCCACAGAUCGGUGCUUUCCACACGUCGCAGCCGCAGAAGGGCACGACAUCCGCAGGGCCAGCUAGAAUCCCCGGGCCGUCGGCACCAUGAAACUUACGUUGUUCACAAUAUUAGCCCUCUGUAUAAUAGCCGUCAGCAGAUCAGCCGAAGAGGAAUAUGAUUACGAGGAGGAGGCAGCGGCAGCGCCGGUGACGCCGGCGCCGGCGAAGCCAGCAGGUGGUCGACUGGGAGGCCUUCUUUCCUCGAGAGGACGUGUCGGCGUAGCAAAUGUAGGAAAGAAAAGAGCGCCAGCGGCUCAGUCGACAACGUCGAAGCCGGUGGAGCAAGCGCCUGAGGAGGAUGAAGUGGAAGACGAAGACGUGCUUGAGGAAAGCGAAGAACACGAAACUCCUACGACAACGACCGAAGCUACGAAGAAGCUUCGGAAUAGUGGUGGCGUCAGACCUUUCAGAUCAAACGAAGAUCUUCUGGCUGCCUUGAAGAGGAGAAGAGCCCAGACUGGGCCCAGCAGUCAUCCACGAGAAACGGCCGCCACGCAUUCUGCCGUAGAGCACACCACAGCUAAGUCGAAAGCCACCACGAACAGUCGUGCUAAGGCCAGCACAGUUGGCGAGGCAAAAUCAUCGGGACGAGGCAGGUUUGGAGGAAGAGGAAGUAAGACUAUCCAAGAGGAGGUCGAAGAGACCCAACGGGAGGAGAUUCAAGUGAGACCCAAAACCAACUCCUACCGCAGAGGAGCUCGAUCAUAAGUCAUUUAUUAAAUCGUUGUGAGAUUUGCCCAAACUCUCAUUGACUUCUUAGAAACACAAAGCGAUCGAAUUCGACGAUUUAUCAGCGCGUAGAAAUCGUCGUUUCUCAUUGUAAGGUAUCCAGUCUUCUUCAAACGAUCAAGUUUCUCACCGCGGAUUAAAGUUUCAGUCUCUGUGCAUCGAGACUUUCGAUAAUAUAUAAUUGACACUAAAUAAAAGAUCGUGAUAUGCUUUGGGCACGAGUCAUACCGAGACAUCUCGUCAUUCUCGAAAAACGGCAGCUUCGUUGGCAUCUCGUCGCGUGUUACAAAAAGUAUAUCAAGAAAUAAUUGCGAAGUGAAUAUAACGAUUAUCUGAAGGAACGAAAUAGCCGUGUAGUUUUCCUCUUCGUCGCCGGGUCUCAGUAGACAUGUGGUCGAUCGAAGAGACGAUAAAAAAGUGAUGUGUAUAUAGCAAAAUACUGCCGUCAAAUACCUAAAUCACCUAAUGUAUAAAUGUAAAUUAAUGUGACAAUUAAUUAAUGUGAACAAUAAAGUUUCUGGAAAGCGAA